UUGCCGCCUACUAUUACUUUACUUAGUAGGUAUUUGUUAUCGUUUGUAAUAAUGGCUAAACUACUAUGUAUAUUACUAGCAAUAUGCAUAUCUGGUAUUAUUUCUAAAAAAGCCGAAGAGAAACCGGAAUGGGCUAAGAAAGAUAUAACAGAUUUUACUGAAGCGGACAUGGAAAGAUUGCUAGAUCAAUGGGAAGAAGAUGAAGAGCCCCUCCCAGAAGACGAGUUACCAGAACACCUUCGAAAACCACCGGCAAUAGACAUGACCAAAAUGGAUAUGUCGAAUCCAGAAGCAGUAUUGGAAGCUACUAAAAAAGGGCAGACGGUAAUGAUGUUUGUUACGGUGGCUAAUAACCCCUCAAGAGCGCGUACAGAUGAAUUGACCAAAAUAUGGCAAACAGGUCUCUGGAGUAACCACAUACAGGCAGAGAGGUACCUAAUCGCUGAUGACAGAGCCAUUUUCAUGUUCAAGGAUGGCUCUCAGGCGUGGACAGCUAAGAAAUAUCUCUUGGAACAAGAAGAAUUGAAAGAUGUGCAAUUGGAGAGCCAAACAUAUCAGGGCACCAAGGCUGAUGUCAGAAAUACUGCGCUGAGGGAUGAAUUAUAAGAUUUAUA